GCGUAAGCCAUCGUUUCACAUGUGCUCGUGUUUAUAACAGUCAGCGUCACUACCUGGAAAACGUAAAUCUACAGGUCGGCAGCCGGUGUCACGUUUCACCAUGGGGGGAAAUGACAGGAAAGGUGGCAAAAAGCUCGCUUCCCAGGAUCAGCUGAGGAUACGAGAGCUACUGGAUCAAGUUCUGGACAAAUGCACCACAAUGCCGUCCGGGGAUGCGAAGAAAGAAUGGAAAGACUUCUUAGAAGUUCAGAAACUUCUGCAGGAAGUUCGAGAGCUGGAAAAACCUUUAUCUCCAAAUCUGCCAAAGCGAUCCAACAAGUGGCCAGCAUUUCUUAAGUGGUGCUCUGAUAAUGGUGCUUAUCUCAGCAAUGUGUCUAUAAAGGACUUACCUGAUGGAGAAUACGGCUUUAUCGCCGAUGAACAAAUUGAGGAGAGCAGUCAGUUUCUUGGGGUGCCUUUGAAGCUCAUGAUGACUACUGCUGCGGCAAAGAAGUCGAAGCUUGGUCCACUUUUACGAGAUGAUCCCAUAAUGAUGAGCAUGUCCAAUGUGGCUCUGGCCAUGUUCCUCAUCCUUGAGUUCUGUGCUGGUGAAUCAUCCUUCUGGCACCCUUACAUAUCUACGCUUCCAGCAUCGUUCAAUACUGUACUGUACUUUAGUGUUGAAGAACUUGAACUCCUAUGUGGUUCAACUGUACUUGAUGAAGCACUGAAGUUGCACAGAAGCAUUGCUAGGCAGUAUUCAUACUUUCACAAGAUUUUUCGGACGCACCCUCUUGCCAAGAGCCUUCCUUACAAGGACUGCUUUACAUAUGACCUGUAUAGGUGGGCCGUGUCGGCUGUGAUGACUCGGCAGAACGCCGUGCCCUUGACGGACACCGCUGGCGGAGAUGACGAGGACGGCACGGACGCCAUGACUGCGAUGGUUCCUCUCUGGGACAUGUGCAACCACAGCGAGGGAAAGGUCUUGACUGAUUACGAUAUAUCAGCCAAUAUGCUACGUUGCUACGCCAUGCGGGACUUCGAGAAAGGCCAGGAGGUGACCAUCUUCUACGGGAGGCGGACCAACGCCGAGUUCUUCAUUCACAAUGGCUUCGUGUUCCCGGACAACCGACACGACUCCGUCGACAUCAAGCUGGGUAUUAGCAAGCAGGACCCCCUGUACGCCGUGAAGGCGAAGCUGUGUGACGAUCACGAACUCACACCGAGCGGAAUAUUCGCACUCGUUCCUCGAGAGCGCCCGGUGUGCGAAGACCUCUCGACUUUCCUCAGGAUCCUCGUGUUGAAAGACGCCUCGCAAGCCGCCUCGUUCACCGACGAGCACAUAAUGAUCGCGACUGACGACAAUGCUCGGGAUGCACUCAACUUCCUGAUCGUCCGCAUCCAGCUGCUUCUCAGGGCAUUCCCAAAAAGUGACCAGGAGUACGAGAACAUCAUCGGCGAUGAUGGAUCCAACGGCCGACUCAAGAUGGCGGCGCAGCUGCGAUUGCUCGAGCGCAAGAUCUUGGUCGCCGUGGUUGGAAACGCUCAACGAAUGCGCCAAACAGCGCAGCUAAACUUAAAAAAAAAACGUUCUACUUCUGCAACGUUGUCCCUGUUGUGAUAAACACCAACGCCACGUCACUCGUCGCGUCGAUUGAGUGUUUUAAGAGCCGCUCCCGCGAUUCCGCCGUUACCGCGUUCGCCGCCUGCCAGUGCAAUUGUUAAGAUUCAGCAGGCGCAUGCCUAACGGUGUUUAGUCGGUACAUUUUCGGCAGACAAAUUUUUAGUCGGCAGACAAAUGCUUUGUCUUGACACGUGACACCUGUCAAGGCAGACCACUUGUCACGUGAUCAGACUGAUGGUUUUCCUAGAUGGCAGUACUGGCGGUAUAGGAAAGUACCGCACUACAGCUUGCGGUACAAUGUUCUAAGCAGUAGUCAGUUACCUUCACUUGUCGCCUAAUAACUAUGGCUAAAUUCAAUAUUGCAUCGCUGAUUGGCCGGUAGGUUGAAAUUUGCGUGUUGCAUUGUCAAAGUAAUAGUGUUAAAUGUAGGGCAGCGUGCCACUCCGACAUUAAUGGUAUUGCACAGUAUACACAUUAUAGACUGGUAUAUCUCAAGCAUUUAUUGUGGAUGACUGCAUGAGAGGCCGGUGUUACGGUAAUGGAAAGCUGUCAAUCGUUCAACCGUCAGCAAUAUCGUCUCGGUGGCGUAGCAACCGAAUUUUUACGCGCUCAAGCCUCAAUGCGCAAUCAUCUGUUCUGGAUUAGACUUAACGGAAGUUCACAGGCACAGCUGACUACAUUUGGCAGUAAUGGUGGAGCGGCGGCGGUUCGCUGGAAGUCUCAAAUUACGGCCAAAAAGAGCCAUUAACCAUGGCAUUUGACCCGGCAGCGUUUACUGCGGGCGUGGUUGAAGGGGAUUUCUUAAACUCAUCAAAGUCGUCGUCUGUCGCACAGAAAAAAAAAAGACAACUUCGUCUGCAAAUGACAACAAGAGCUCUUAUUUAUUUACGUGAGUAAAAGUGGUUGUAGGA